AUGAGCCUGUCUUCUCACGGCAAACAGGUUGCUCAACCGCGACAGAUCCGCUUCGUUUCUACCGAUGGGCAGCCUCAAACAAAGAGGCGCAGGGUCGCUGCUGCCUGCAAAACUUGUCGGAAACGGAAGAUUAGAUGCUCUGGGGAACGACCAGUUUGCAAAACUUGUUCAGACUAUGGCCACAACUGCUUGGGAUACAAAGACCCCGCUGCCACGUUAAAUACCCGCAAAACUACGAAGUCGGAUACCGCGCCCACACGUCGAGAUGAUGCGACAAGCGCUUCGCCGCAGACAUCGAAAUCUGGGUUGCGGCCGAAUGCGCCUGUAACCGCGGCUCGGUCAGAUCCUAGCCCAGUUUCUGCACCACGAGAUCAGCAGCCUUCCCAAAACGGACGUAGGCAGUCUGCAGUUGUUGAAAGCCCUCAAAGUAAUCGAUCUUUGCUCCUUGAGAGCAGUCGCACCCAUGUACCCUACUUUCGUUACUUCGGACCCACUGCAAUUGUCCCUGGCUAUAAACAGAUGGUCGUCCGUGUUAGGGAGUCAAAACAAAGCAAUCCGUCGCUAUCCAAUGAAUCCCUCUCGUCUAUUCGAAGCCCGAAAAUCUCGGAUAGGGCAGCAUCAACAUCUUUAGGUUCAACGGAAUCUCGUUCCCAUAGCAUCCCGUUUUAUUACCCUGACGAUAACCUACCAGUUAGUGGAUUAAUAUCCCAUCUGUGCGAGGUGUUCUUCACCCACCUUGGCUGUAAUUUUCCCUUUCUACAGCGCGAUAGAUUUCUCCGAGACCUGAGAGAAAAACGGGUGGAACCAAUUCUAGUCGACGCCGUAUGUGCAAUGGCGGCAAGGUUCUCGCUUCAUCCGCUCCUGACAUUACAGGCCCAGAGCAUCGAACCUAAGAUAUCCACAAACAGUGAACGAAAUCAUGCCCAUCAAGGACAACCAUUUGCACAUCGUGCAAUGUGUGCGGUCGUUGAAGCUCUCUCCUUCCCAACUCUAACUGUAGUGCAGGCGUGCCUCUUACUUGCCUACCUCGAGUUCGGAUCGAAUCAUGAUAGUGGACUAUGGAUGUAUUUAGGCAUAUCCAUUAGAAUGGCACAGGAUUUAGGAAUGCAGAAACUAGAGGGGAUGAAAUUCAGAUAUGGACGAACAGGCUUGACUCCAAAAUGUGUUACUUCUGGCCAUGGAAGUAGUUACAAUGACGCUCAUCUGGAAAACGAAGCUGAACCACUCAUCAGCCCUGAUGACGAUGGUAAAUUUGCAACAUCCGCUGACCGAGCCAAAGAGCGCGAACGAGUGGAUUCCUUUUGGGCCAUUUUUUUCCUAGACCGUGUUAUCUCGUCUGGAACUGGCAGACCAGUCACACUACGGGAUGAUGAUAUUGAAAUUUUCUUCCCAUUGCAAUCGGAGUCUGCACUCUCUAACGGCUGGCCGGGCCCAUUUCCACCUCUUAUGAGAAUUAUCCAUCUUUAUGGCAGGAUAACUGAUCUUUUGAAUGCGAUAAAAGAAGUCAACCAUGUCACUCCUGAUAUAUUAAAGCGCUUAGCUAGCAUGGAAAGCAACCUAACAGGUAUCUAUCAACGACUUUCGCCAAAGCUUCAUUUCAAUGCUGCUAAUUUCCAGGACUAUGUGAAAGCUGGUGAAGGGACCAAUUUCAUUUUACUUCAUUUCUGGUUUCAUACCUUGAUUGUGCUUCUCCAUCAGCCAACGUUGCUCCAUUCUUUUGGUGGGCGUAUUCAACAGCUCUUUCCAAAUAGCCGAGAGCUAUCAAUGUCAUCUGCAAAAACGAUCGCCGACAUUUUGGCUUUUGCUGAGCUUAUUGAUGCCAAAAGCUUUAUUGGAAAUCCUUUCACUAGCCAACCAAUAUAUAUUGCUGCUUGUGCAUUUCUAAUGGAGAGCGCCUUUUACUCCCAGCCAUCAUCUCGGACUGAAUCUCCCCCUACAUCCUCUGCCGGUCCCCCGGUUAGCAAAUUUACUCUGCCACCUGUUGAACCAUCUGCAUCGUCAGAGCGAAACUCCAUUGCGAAACACAUCUUGUUAGCGACUGCAGCAAAAGAAAACUAUCAGCGUUGCUACAAAGCCCUCAAAUCAUUGGAAGUAUACUGGGAAGGUGUUCGAUACAUUUUAACCGUUCUUGACCAAAAGGCAAAAGGAAUUGGGGAUCCGCAACUUUACACGGACGAAGAUAUGGAAAAUGCCGCUGAACCACGGCCAACGGCAACCUCCGGAGCAGCUCCGCCGGGGUGGAAGCGGACACGACAGGAUUCCCCAGAGCCGAUCUCUGGGGCAUCGGAUGCUUUUGUCGAAACUUCACAUCAUUCAUCCCAGGCGACUGUUGGACCUGUUGGGUCACCGAAAAUGGAUCCAAGCCAGGCCAUCGGUUGGGCAUUGACAGGAGCUACGGAUUCGGCACAACCAAAUCUAAGUUUCCUCUAUCAGAUGCCACCACCCCAACCAAUCUCCAUGCUCCGUGCUUCCCCAAGUCUCAACCCCCAGUAUCAGGGCGAAUACCAACCCGCAACCUCUCAAAAUAACCCUCCCUCUGGGACAGUUGCCCGUUACCCUCCAAUCACAAGCCACUACCAACACAGCGCUGAAAAUCUCAUAUCGGCACACCAUCAAAACACACAUCCCUCGCCCGGACAAUAUUCCGAAGUUACGUCGAAUGAUAUAGCUUCAGCUAACACCUCGUACCGCUUAGCUGGAAAUUCCGGUUUUCCGAGCCCUGUCGUCCAGACUGAAAGUCCAACGGGGAGACUUCAUAGCGACCUGAGCACAGGGUAUCUCGCCCGCGAUCACACCGCCACCUCGUACAACUAUAGCGUCCCUCAGCCCUCCAUGGGCCCCGCUCGAAAUGAGAACCGUCGCCUGUCUACGCUUAAUACUCCCUUAAUGUCAAAUGCCAAUACUAACCUAGGUGGCAAUAACGGAAUAAUGACGAUCGAGAGUCAAGAUGUCGACAUGAAUGCGUUGCAAGAUCAAGCUGCCUUCCCGUUUUCGUUUGAUGGAGAUUUCAUUCCUUGGCUAGAAUACUUACCGCCGGACGUGAUGAGUUAUUUUGGCGAACAUCAGGGGUAUCGCCCCAUGAUGGAUCCAGAUGACGAUGGGGGAGAGGGGCGGCCUCCCCCUUCUGCUUAA